CAGUCAAUUAUAAUCCACCCAGUGCACAAACGUGUGUGCGCGUGUACUUUAUCUGCGAGCCUCGUUCUCGCCAUGAAGCUGGCCUGAGAGGAAACAGUGCAGCGUCAGAGCCGUGCAUCAACACUCCCUCAUCCCCAAACUGGACGGUGCAAAAGGUCUCCCCUGAACUCCAACAGCCGCAGCGGCUGUCAACGUUUUCAAAUUGGGGUUCGGUCCAAUAUGGCGACAGACGGAUGGAAAUACUGAUGACAGUCCGAAAGAUCGCCUCGAUUUGUACGAUGGGCGCCAAUGCCUCAGCUUUGGAGAAGGAGAUUGGACCGGAACAGUUUCCAGUUAAUGAACACUACUUUGGAUUGGUCAACUUUGGAAACACCUGCUACUGUAACUCUGUGCUGCAGGCCCUCUACUUCUGCCGUCCUUUUAGGGAAAAGGUCUUGGCCUACAAGGUCCAGCCCAGACGUAAAGAGUCCCUGCUCACCUGUCUGUCUGACCUCUUCAACAGCAUCGCUACACAAAAGAAGAAGGUCGGCGUCAUCCCUCCUAAGAAGUUCAUCUCCCGUCUGAGGAAGGAGAAUGAGCUGUUUGACAACUACAUGCAGCAAGAUGCCCAUGAGUUCCUCAACUACCUCCUCAACACUAUCGCUGACCUGCUCCAGGAGGAGAAGGGCCAGGAGCGACAGCAGAACGGAAAACUGGUGCAGAACGGAGGAGGUGGGGGGAGCAGCGGGACAGGAGGAGGAGAGGGAGAGGAAGGGGAGAAGAUACAGCAGACCUGGGUCCAUGAGAUCUUCCAGGGAACCCUGACCAAUGAGACGCGUUGCCUCAACUGUGAAGCUGUGAGCAGUAAAGAUGAGGACUUCCUGGACCUGUCUGUCGACGUGGAGCAGAACACCUCCAUCACGCACUGUCUUAGGGGUUUCAGCAACACUGAGACACUAUGUAGUGAAUACAAGUACUACUGUGAACAGUGUCGGAGUAAACAGGAGGCACAGAAAAGGAUGCGUGUGAAGAAGCUCCCUAUGAUCCUGGCGUUACACCUGAAGAGGUUUAAGUACAUGGACCAGUUGCAUCGCUACACCAAGUUGUCCUAUCGCGUCGUCUUCCCCCUGGAGCUCCGCCUCUUCAACACCUCAGGAGACGCCACCAACCCCGACCGCAUGUACGACCUGGUCGCCGUGGUCGUCCACUGUGGAAGUGGUCCAAACCGUGGUCAUUACAUCACCAUAGUGAAGAGUCAUGGAUUCUGGCUCUUGUUUGAUGACGACAUAGUAGAGAAAAUCGACGCCCAGGCGAUCGAGGAGUUCUACGGUCUAACGUCUGACAUUUCUAAGAACUCUGAGUCAGGUUACAUCCUGUUCUACCAGUCCCGGGACUGAACCAGCAAAUGGCAGCGGCCCAAGGCUGAAACGGGCCAUUGGGAUUGGGACUCAGCAUAGAGGGGAGGGGCUUGGGCAGCCACAGGCCCUGCCUAGCCCGCCACCUGUUUUAAAUAUUCAGGCUUUACAGCGGAAGCUGUGGAGCGCCGAGAGGAUACAGGGAGGAGGAUCUUCAGCAGACAGGAGCCAACGAUGCCCGAGCAACGGAUCAGUUGAUAUGACAUCGUAGAACGAAGAGCAGGUACCGGGGAUUGUUAUGUUUCGUCAUCCUCUCUCCUCCGUUUCAUCAUCAUCGUACUGAUUGUCUUUUUUGGGGAUCUGACAGCAGAUUAGCAAUAUAUGGUGUGUUAGCUUGGCUAGCUCUCUGCUUACAUGGUGUGCCGUUACUGAUGUGGCACCAUUUUACUGGUGUUUCAUCAAUUAUUGGUGUCCUUGUCAUAUUUAGUGCCACUCAGAGGGGCUAAACAGGUUUUGGGAUUGGUGAAAAGUGGAUCUGCCAUUUCCUGAAUGUUCUCAAUACUUUGUUGCCAGUUGUUGUUAGUUUGGAGAGCGGGGUGGAGAGUUGAGUUUGGUCCCUUUGCAGCUCACCGGCCCAGAUCUGGCAGUGUUUUAUUAUAUCAUGGUGCAGCUUUCAGCAUCUGCACAUCUAUAUUACCAUCUGUUUUAAAGGGACACACGCAUAUAUGCUCUCUAACUUCCCCUUCUGGCAACGACAGCAAACUACACCACCAACUACAAAUAACCUGCCAACCAGAUGUUUAUCUUAUAUCUGUCUCCUAAGCAAGCAAGUAUCUCACUGGUGUCAAUGGCUGUGCUUCAAAUGACAGCAUGUUCCCUAUGUACUGCACUCUAUAAGUAGAGCACUAUAUAUGGAGUAGGCUGUCAUUUGGGACAUAACCCAGCCAUCCUCUUUGUGUCGUCUUUAACGCAGUAUAAACCCGAUUGGCUGCUGCAACAUUUCGCUUCUCUUCCUGUCACCUGAUAUGAACCUUCCAAUCAGAGCCUGAGGUAUACACGCAUUUCCUGUUAAUUCUUUUUGACCGUAGAAGUAAACCAAACAUAGCGGUUGUUUGGUUUAUAAUAUUAAGUAUGUGCUACACUGCCAGUUGGGGUAAUAAACCUAACUUCACUCUUUUCAAAAGGCUUUGUCCCAAUAUCUAUUCUAGCACAAUACCAAGUAUGCAAGUCCCAAUACAUUCUAAGUAAUACGCUGGUGUAGGUAUUGGAACAGAGCCUGUACUCUCAACAGAAAGAUAAGUUGAUUAAGGCCCACUGUUCAUAAAAUGUCUCAGAGCAGGAGUGCUGACCUAGGAUCAGUUUAGCCUUUUAAAUCGGAUCCUAGAUCAGCACUCUUACUCUGAGAAGCUUUAUGAAUACAGGCCCUGAUCCAUAGCUCUGACACGGGAGGCGUUUAUGUUAGCUAGGCCCAGAGUGGGACCUGUAUUAAGUUGAAUGUAAGAUAGUCUGCCGUUUUUGAAAUGUACAGUACGAAACUGGCUGCUUAUUGGUUGGCCCAUAUUUAGGGCCUGGAGUUUUGACCAAUCCUGACCAGUACUAGAUAUAUAGGUUGUGCCUUAAUGGCACCCGAUUCUCUAACAAAUAUUGGGCUAUUUUUGACCAGGUCUCCUUGGGACUCAGCUGUAGUCUAUGACUAGGGCCCAGCUGUAGUCAAACACACCCCACCAGUUGGAGACCUAGGCACCCUAUUCACUACAUAGUGCACUACCUUUGUCCAGAGCCCUAGUGGGUAUAGAGUGCCAUUUUGUGUUUUUAGGCUAUACUCUGCAACCAUAUAUUAAUUUGUUUUUUAAUGCAUAAACCAUUCCUUUGGGAGCUCAAAUCUAACUGUCUAAGACAUGCUGCUUGUUUUUAGGGUUAACUAAUUACUAAUAUGAGGUUGACAUUGGUGAAGGACUAAAACGAAACAUUUUACGUUGUGUGUAGAGUUGCAGAACUCCGGUAAUUUUCCCAAAAUUCCAAGGUCUUCCGGAAAAAUCCCGUCUGGAAGAUUCGCAGAAAUCAAGAAGAAAUAAAUACCAGGAAUUCUGGUUUUGCAAACCCUAACUAAACUGAUAUUGAAGGGGCAAUUCAACCACAUUUUCAUUAUCUUCAGCACAAUACCAUUGUCUACCUAUGUGAAAAAUGCGCAUUUCUACAUUUUGUAGGAAAAAAUAUAAAGUUAAGUUCUACCCAAUGACAUCAUUUAAAAGUUAAAACUGUGAUUUCGGCAAGGUAGCCUAGUGGCGUUGGACUAGUAACCGAGCUGACAAGGUGCAGAUCUGUCGUUCUGCCCCUGAACAAGGCAGUUAACCCACUGUUCCUAGGCCGUCAUUGAAAAUAAAAAUGUGUUCUUUAAUGACUUGCCUAGUUAAAUAAAGGUGAAAUACAUUUCCUAACUCAUGAGAUUUGCAGUGAUGUGGGGAGCAAGAAAAUACCCUCCCUCUGGCUAAAUCAAAAAUAUUUGUAACAUGCUUGUUUUCCGACAAUGCAGAGCGGAGAAAAAGGAGAACCUGAUAGAAGAGGAAUAUAAACACAAUGAGUAACGAUAACUUGGUACCAGCACCGAGGCUAGAAAGUCUUUGCAGGUUUUGAAAAAAAAUGUUUUUGUACUUUAAUCCUACCGUGUGAUGUCACAGAAGUGUAUUUUUCCCCCUUGUUUUUUUAACCAGAGAUCAUGGAAAUGCGCUGUUUUCGCAUAUGUUGACACUAGUAUGAUGUUGGAGAUAUGAGGUUGAAAAGUGGAGGAAUUGCCCUUUUUUAAAUGUUAUAUUGUGUGACUUGCUACUCUACUUAGAACGUGUUUGGAUUGUGGGGGAUCUAAACUCAUGAAUGAUUGAAGUUAGGCUAUUACGAUCUAGACAAUUUACCUAGUACACUCUUCUAGCCUAUAGGGUUCACUCUCACUGUGGGAGUCCCCAAUGGAACACUGUAUAUUUUGUAGUGCACUACUUUUCACCAGGGCACAUAAGGAAUAGGGUGCCAUUUGGGACGCACACUCUGUCUUCCCUGUCUGUCUGCGUCUCUGAACUCCCUAACUUUUGGUGUGUGUCUGUAGUAGGUGAGUGAAGUGAGGCGUCAAUUAUCACGCUUGGGUUGAUUUGUGUUACAAGUGAGUGAUCGUGAGCACACGCCACAGGACACGCAUGGCUGGACACAGUACAGAGAAACGGGUGUCACCCAGCUUUCCAUCGUGUGCAUUUCAGGCUAACUGACAGAGGGACAUGUAAUGUAGACUCAGUGAAAUGAUGUUGCCACGAACAGCACUGCCGAUAUUUGCGACGAGCGAGACGCAAGACAUCGCUCCCACAGAGUCGGACGCAGAAUUUGCGACUGUGCAUGGGUUCGCUUCACGCUGAGCUGUUUAGCCUCGCGCUUCAGCGCUCUUAGUUGCGGGAAUUGACCCACUAUGCUGUUUGCUUUGUGCACCUACGUCAUAUCCCUGAGUCUACCUUUUAGCAGCAGGAAAUGGUGUUUAUAUCUAGCAGCUUCGUAUGUAACUAACAAACUACACUGGUCUGCAAUGUGUCCCGUUUUGCUUCCUGGGUGCGUAUCAAUAGUCUUAACGUGGCUUCCUCGCCUCGUCUCCUUUCCUUCAUCUGCAGUGAUGUGUAAAACCUGGGUAGGGGACAGCAACAUUUUCUAUCCAUUUCUAGGUAUUUGGUUUAACCACUCCAGUUCUUUUCACCUCGGUGUAGAUCAUUGGUAGUUACUAAUAUUUCAGAGGGAGACACUUUAGUAAAACAAAAUCGCUGGGCGAACCGCAUUCCAAUCAGAUAAUGGGGGUAGGGGGUGGUCACAAAGUCAAAUUGUACAUUAUAUUAAAUUGAUCUACACAUGAUAUUUAAGAUACUAUUAACAGACCAUCAAUCUAUUUGAUUAUCUGACUCUCUAUUUUUGGGCACUUGGAGGUAUCAGGAAUGUAUUGGAAAGUUCAGGAAAAUAUCAGGGAUGAUCAUCAAACAAUGCUAUAAGAUCAUUUGUGGCGAAUCAAUUAAUUUCCCUCGGUUAUUCUGUGCAGAUUCAUCACUCACCCUUCUAACAAGCCCUGCACAGCUUUGUAGGUGGUAAUCACUCUAACCGUUCAAAAUCAACAGCAAAAUCUGUAGGAACAACGAUUUCAAGAUGCGCUAGCAACUAUUUUUGCAUGUCCCCGCGGUUAAUAAGGUUACUCACGCAACCAAUGACUAUGACCGGUUUAGGCGAAGGAAAGGACACGAGGAGAGAUGAUGGAGAGGAGGCUGUUCAUUUUCUUCUAAAGAAAUUCUGUGUAUGUACUGACACAUACCGGCUGUGUCCCAAAUGGCACCCCAUUCCCUAUGUGUUGUACUACAUAGGGAGGAGGGCACCAUUUGGGACGCAUACACCACCAUACUUCCAUAAACUUGAUGAGGGGUAGUGAUGGUUUAGGAGACACGGGUGGGAACAACACAAAUUAAAACUAGGGUCUGAAGUUAUUUUAUUUUGAAGUAUUAUUCACUUUUUCCUAGAUCACUUUUUUUAUAUAUAUAUUUUACUAAUUUAGACCUACCAUUCUUGUGUAGGCAGCUGAGAUGAAUGGGGUUGUGAUUUAUUUGGGGUUAUAUUUGAGAGAACGUUUGUGUCCCAAAUGUCACCCUAUUCCCUAUGUAGUGCACUACUUUUGACCAGGGCCGUCAAAAGUAGUGCACUAUAUAGGGAAUAGGGUGCUGUUCAAAGGUAGUGCACUACAUCGGGAAUAGGGUGCCAUUUGGGAUGGAGACAUUGAAAAUGUGUAAAUAUAAAGAUGUUGUUAUUGGAGUAUAAUUAAUUGCUUGCUUGAAAUAAGAGGUCUAUACGAUUGAUCAUAUUCCAUUAUGACCAGGACGUUUUUCCUGAUCGGGAAAAAUCCCUGGUCCUAAUUUUAUUUCAAUCCCAGUCAACUGAACUUGCCAUGGGGGAUUUGUCCACAGAUGUUCAUUUCACUUCUUAAACUCGCCAAGAAUGUAAUAGGAAUUGAACCCGGCACUGCUCUUAUGUGUAAAGUGAUUUAAGUUGAAGUGCACUUUGAGAAGGGGAGGAGUGUUUAUUGGGGUGCAGAGUGAGAUGUCGUGGCCCGGAUGCAGUGAAAAUUUGUAUGUUUUGGGGGGGCGGGGGAAGAAUGUUUGUCUAAACUUUCUCCAAUAAAUAACUGGUUUAAGAUGGAAAAA